UCCUCCUCCUCUCAUCCCCAAAGUCCCAUCUUCUCUCCACAUGUCCUGCAACAACUUUUCCGGCAACUUCUCCCAGGCCUUCGGAGGCCAACUGCAAUACCCCAUCUCUUCUUAUGGUUCUUCUUACCCCGGCAAUGUCUUCUACACCACUGACCUCCAAACUCCCAUCACCCACCAGUUGGGCUCCUCUCUCCAGGGUGUGUCUCAAGAAACCUGUGAGCCCACAGGCUACCAGACAUCCUUUGUGGUCUCCAGUCCCGGCCAGAGGCCUUGCAACCGCCAGAGGAUUCCAGCGUCCUUCAGACCCAGCCAGUCAAGUUUCGCAGGAUCUCUGGGCGGCUUUGGUUCUAGGGGCUUCCAGUCUUUUGGUUCUGGCUAUCCAACCCAGGGCUUUGGAUUCGGUGGUUUCCAGGCAGUGGGAAGUGGUCCUCGCACUUUCCAAACCGUAAACGGUGGAUCCAGCUUUUACCGCCCAAACUGUUUCUCUUCUAGAAGCGGCCAGUCUGCUGCUUACCAGGCAACCUGUGGGAGCGGCUUCUUCUGAUCUUAUACUGAGAAAUUAGGAAUAU